CUAUAAACAACUCGUUUUAUUCCCUUCUCUAGUUUUUUUUUUUUUGACUUAUAAAACUAGGUAUUUUCUCCCCCUUUUCUUUUCUUUUUUUAUUCAUUUCUUUAUCCUUUUGAUUAUCUCUUAAAAAAAAUGACUAUCUCUAAUGAUGAGGCCAUCCUCCAAAAAAUGUUAACUACCAUGGAAACCUUAAGACUUGAUCAAUUAAGAUUGGCAGACCAGUUUGAAAAAUUGUCUUCCGCUACUCCUCCCAAGUUUGAUGAUCAGUUAUCUCCUUCCACUUCCAUUAGUGCUUUAAUUAAUGAUGAUGGUGGUGACAGUGUCACAUCAAAGCCUUUAAGCUCUCCUACCAGCCAAUCAUCUACCUCAAUGUAUCCUAGCCGUGUUAUCUUGACUACUUAUCCUGGUCAACAUGGUAUUAAGCCUAUCUCUCUUGAUUGGGGAGCUAAAAGCGCCAAGGAAAGAGGCCCAAUUGUUGCUUCGCGUCACGCCGAAAGUAUCAAAAAGAGAAAUGCUAUCGGUGCCUAUGGUGGUUCUUACUGCAUCUAUCGUGCAUUGGCUGUUGCCAUUGGUGACCUGCCUUCUAAUUACAGACCCAACUUCGACAUGACCGAACCUACCUACCAAAUCGGUCCUCACGCUUCUUGGUUUGAUCCUGAGAAAAUCGUCUCCAUUGAUCCUUUUGGUCAUGUUGCUCCUGCUGUUUUCAAGGCCGAGUAUGAGGCUGGUUUAGACGUCAGACCUACUAUUGCUAUCACUCGUGCUCAUAUGACAAUGGCCGAAAUGGAAAUGAAUGUUCAGACUGGAAACUUGACGGUGGAUGGUAAGAUCGUUGUAAACGCACGUGGUGAUUUGGCUGUUUCCAAGGCUGCCCUUGAACCUGUAUGGUAUUUACCUGGUGUUGCAAAGAGAUUCGGUAUUGAAGAAACCUUGCUUCGUCGUGCUCUCUUUGAAGAUACUGGUGGAAUGUAUCCCGAGUUGAUUACUAGACCUGAUUUGAAAGUUUACUUGCCUCCUAUUGGUGGUAUCAGUGUGUACAUCUUUGGUAACCCUGAAUUUAUCUCUGAUCCUACCAAGAAAUUAACUCUUCGUGUGCAUGAUGAAUGUAACGGUUCCGAUGUAUUUGGUAGUGAUAUCUGUACAUGCAGACCUUACUUAAUCUUUGGUAUUGAGGAGUGUGUUAAACAAGCCCAACAAGGUGGUGUUGGUGUUAUCGUCUAUUUCCGUAAGGAAGGAAGAGCAUUAGGCGAGGUUACAAAAUACUUGGUGUAUAAUGCCCGUAAAAGACAAGCUGGUGGUGACACAGCCGAUAACUACUUUUUACGUACCGAAUGUAUUGCAGGUGUUAAGGAUAUGCGUUUCCAGGCUUUAAUGCCUGAUGUCUUGCAUUGGUUGGGUAUUCAAAAGAUUGACCGUAUGAUGUCAAUGUCUAAUAUGAAACAUGAUGCCAUUGUCGAAUCGGGUAUUCCUAUUAUUGAGCGUGUCCCUAUUCCCGACGAACUUAUCCCUGCGGAUUCAAGAGUUGAAAUUGAUGCCAAAAUUGCAUCAGGUUACUUUACAAGCGGAACGGUAAUGACGGAAACAGAACUUUCCACUGUAAAGGGCCGUGACUGGGAGGAUAUCGAGCAUUAAUUGGUUCCAUAUUGUACUCCGACUGUGUCAAAGCGUGGGGUGAUUUUCUUUUUUUCUUUUUUUUAAAAAUCAUGCAAACUGUUAAUAUAUAUAAAUAUCUCUUUUUCUCUA